AUGACAACACCCAGGAAUUCCAUGAGUGCAGCUUUCCCGGCAGAGCCUGCGAGAGGCCCUGUUGCCAUGCACCCGGCCCAGAAGCUGGUUCCCAGGAAGAUGCCUCCCAUGGUGGGCCCCACACAGAGCUUCUUCAUGAGGGAAGCUAAGGCCUUGGGGGCCGUGCAGAUCAUGAACGGGCUCUUCCACCUUGCCCUGGGCGGCCUCCUGAUGACCCACGCGGAGUUAUACAGCCCCAUCUGCAUGGUUGUCUGGUACCCUCUCUGGGGGGGCAUUAUGUAUAUCAUUUCUGGAUCACUCCUGGCAGCAGCAGAGCAAAGCUCCAGGAUAAGUCUGGUGAAAGGGAAAAUGGUGAUGAACUCACUCAGCCUCUUUGCUGCCAUUUCUGGAAUCAUUUUUUUGAUCAUGGAUGUAUUUAAUAUCACAAUUUCCCAUUUUUUUAAAAUGGAGAGUCUGAAUCUUAUUAAAGUUCCCACUCCAUAUCUUAACAUCUAUAAUUGUGAACAAGCUAACCCUGCAGAGAAAAACUCUCUGUCAACACAAUACUGUUACAGCAUAAGAUGUGUGUUCUUGGGCAUCUUCGCAGUCAUGCUGGUCUUUGUCUUCCUCCAGAAACUCGUGACUGCUGGCACCGUUGAGACUGAGUGGAAGAGGAUGUGCUCCAGGCCCAAAGCUAAUGUGAUUCUCCUGUCAGCGGAAGACAAAAAAGAACAGGUAGUUGAAUUGAAAGAAGAAAUGGUUGAGCUGACUGAAGUGUCUUCCCAACCCAAGAAUGAAGAAGAGAUUGAGAUUAUUCCAAUCCAAGAAGAAGAAGAAGAAGAAACAGAAGUAAACUUCCCAGAACCUCCCCAAGAUCAGGAGUCCUUACCAAUAGAAAAUGAAAGCACCCCUUGAAACUCUAAUUUCUUCCCCGUUUUAAGCAUUAGUGUUCACCGCUUCUAAGAGGUAGACUCACCCCGUUUCUUGAGGCCCUCUGCACAUAUCCUCCCCAACC